AUGGCAGCAGUAUGUCGCCUUUGCAUGGAUGAAUCCUAUGAUCUUGUGGAUAUAUUCGAGGAGAAGAAAUCAACAGCAGAGGAACCAAGUCUUCUCGAAAUGCUGAUAGAGUGCAUUGCCUGUAAGGUGGACAAGAAUGAUUUGCUGCCAAAGAAAAUUUGUUCAAGCUGCGUUCAAGAAUGUAAAAAUGCGUUUCGCUUUAAGCGUAUAAGCGAACAGAGUUAUAAUCUCUUUAUGGAAAUGCUGAGCAAGCCCAGCUGCAGUGGAAUUAACCAGCAACCUGACUUGAGCAUUGUGAAGCUGGAAAAGGAAAUUGAUUCAUAUGAUGCACCAGGCAAUGCGUCCUUGAAGGACGAUGAUGACUUCUUGCUGCCACCCGUAAAGGUGAAAAGUGAAAUGGAUUCAGGUGAUGCACCAGACAACGCCACCUUGGAGGACGAUGAUGACUUCUUGCUGCCACCUGAGAAAUGCUUGCAGCCUGCCCAGAACAAAGCGAGUGCUUCACCUUGUCUGGCGGUCAAAACAGUGGAGGACAUUAACAAGAGAGUCAAUCAAUCAACGCCAGUCACGACAAUGAAAUGGUGCGGAGGUACGGCAAUACCAUUGGGCAAGACGACAAAACUCUCGGGUAAAAUCUACAAAUGCAGAAGUUGUAGCAAGGAAUUCUUUGAAAUGGAGAAACUACAUGAGCACCUGAAGUCGCAUAAAGAUGUCAUGAAACCGUUCCGUUGUCGCUACUGCGAGGAGAAAUUCGCAAAGCGAUCGUUUCUCAAUUUGCACAUUCGCAACGAGCACACUGCGAAUCCAUUCAAGUGUUCAGAAUGUCCCAAGACAUUUGCCCGCAAGCAGCAUCGCGAUGAGCACAUGAGUCUGCAUACCGGAAAGCGUCCCUACAAGUGCUCGGAUUGCUCCAAGGAGUUUCGCAGCAAUCUGGGAUUCAAGAAGCACAUCUGUCUGCCUGCCCACAACGAGCUAAGGAACGCACACUUGUAUAUAAACACUUCAAGUCCUACAUAG